UCAAUAUCCCAGCUUACCUCGACACGCAAACCACGCACACCUUGCCAACACUUGGAGCAAAAUGGCCAUAUGUCAAUAACUGUAUCCUCUUCGAAAACUUACAAAACUUCAUCGAUUAUGCGAUAGUCACAGCUGCAAAAGGAAGGAGAAUUUUCGGAAGGUGGGUUGCCUGUGAGAAGACGUCAUGUUUGUCCGUGAAAAAUAACCAGAAAGUUAUAUAGAGUUAGCAAGUCAGCGGUGCUAAAUUGAAUAUGGUCGUUUAAAGGAUGUGUGUCUAAAGAAACCCUUGACUUCGUAACCUCCAAAACAUUUGACGACCCGUGAUGGCGAAAGUAAUAGACAGACUGCGUAUCCAAGGGGUAUCCCCGUCUCGGGAAAACUCGUUCAGUUCUCACAGCGAAAUAAUUAAGCCACCACCCCCUCCUACAGAGAAAGCAUGGGUAGCUAACGGUGACAAUUUCUACAUGCCCGGUCAGCGACCAAGUUGCAGUAAAGAAUUUCUCAACAACAGCUCCAACCCUGCUUCCAGACGAAUGGAAGUCCUCACACGCAUGCGCACAGCGAACCAAGGCAUCUCUACCAUGGACACCAACUUUGGUCCGUCAUCUAUUCAGUUUGUGCUUCGUGGGAAACCAGUUCGGGACAAGUUGGGGAAAUACGUAGGUCCAGACACAUUAAAAUUGCUCCCAGACAGAAUUCAGCCUCUGCAGCCUACCAACACUCAAGACGUCGAUCGUCAAAUCCAAGUCCACAUUGGGAAGGCGCAUAGUGAGCCUACAAAUAGCGCCGUGUUGGAGAAGGAGAUGAGAGACAUUAAAGCAAAGGACGAUAUCAGUCUUCCCGCUUUCGCAUCCCCGUACUUCAUGCUUGGUCCAGCGCUGUCUCCGUCGUAUGGUAGUACUUUCAUGGCCAAGAGAUCAUCUCGGUCUCAAGGGGAAGGGUUUGAACUUACUGGGCAUAAAAUGAAGGGGGUGGAUAGCGGGACAUCCAGAUCUGGGUACAGUGAGAUGUACCCUAGUAUCGAUAGCCCCCUACGUUCACCUCGCCGAUUCACGCGCAACGCCUUCAAGGAGAGCCCGUCUCCACUCGUAGCCCAAAAUCCUCAGGCGCUCAAUCAAUGUCUUAGUGUCAACCAGAGCAUUCGCCUUCCCCUGGGAACCCAGAACGAGGCUAUCAAGCUGAAACACUUCACCCAGUUCGUAAAGAAAGAUGCCAAAGUGUGCUUCAAUAAUCCUUACAGAAAGGUGAAGAGAGAACGUCGCACCGUCGCAAAGACUGACACCCAAUACCAGUUUGACUCUGUCUCGAGUUACGUCCAUUUCAAUCGGAUCUACCAGCAGCCCACCCCCGGCCGGUCAGUGGCUGUGCACAUCCCCCAGAUGUCCGGCUUCCCCGCUCACUGCACGGACACCGUGCUGCUGCGGAUGAUGCUGGAGAUGAACAGGCCAGGUGCGACUAGGUCUCCGGACAAGUACUCCGACGUGGCUGUCCACAGAGAUUUAGAUGAGUUCCUCAUGGUGCGCUCACCUUCAGCCAUCAGUAAAGCUGCCUCUGCCAACAGUAAGAAGACCGGGCGUAACAAGAGUGGGAAAAGCAAUGUGGACACACCUAUAGAGGAAGAGGGAGACUGUGCGUGGGCCGGCAACCAGGGGACAAAAUCCGGGAAAUCUAGGGAAUCGGAAACGCAGGGCAUGAAUGCACAGAAGGUUCUAGAGGCUGAUAUGGUGAAGGAGGCUAAGGCUGUGCAGGAGGCUGGGGAAGAAAGGGAGGAGGUUCAGUUGCAGGAUGAAGCUCAGCUUGUUGAUGAAGGAAUAGACGGAUGUGUCGAGGAGGAAGAGGGCGUCAAUGAAGACGAAGAAGAGGGUAGAGUAUGAUACGUGCUCUGUUAUGGUACGGGACUCAAAAUAGUGCGAAUAUAAAUAGCUCAUCGGACAAAUGCAAAGCGAAUAAAGGACCUGAUGUAUUAUUUAUGAUAAACACGUUGUUUAAAAUGACUAUUUAUUAUUGUACCUCCUUCAAUUUGACCUGCAUAUUUCUGUGAUCUCAUAAUGAUGUUCGCCAUUUGAGCUAUGUCGUAUGCACAAAGUCAAAUUCAAUAAAUACACCCAUGGACACAUGGAGGGCAGGUUGCGUGGCUGUUGUCGUCACACCACGACAGACGACUGUAUAUAUAUGUUGAGCCUUUUCGCACAUGUUAAUAACGACAGACGGGAGUGUAGCCUAGUGGUCCACUCGUAACACCGAAGACACGAGUUCGAUUCCCCAUAUAGUUACAAUGUGUGAAGCCUAUUUCUGUUUUCCACCGUCGUGAUAUUGCUGGAAUUUUGCGAGAAGCGGUGUAAAGACAUACUCCCUCACUCACUCACUCACUUUAUACCGACGGAGAGUAAUGUAUAAGUGGUUAUGUUUUGUGUAUCUGAAACUAAAAAAUGCAGUUCUGAUUAAACGUAUU